UGAUUGUGCGCAAAAUAAAAAUACGCGUGUUUUCUUCCGUAUUUCUCUGCUUUUCCCUCAUAACAACAAUGAAAUUCAUGGUGGAGAGCAUCAGCAAGUGUUCAGGAAGACUGGGAGCAUUGACUGGAAUUGAGAGAUUGCCGGAUGUGGUGCUGAAAACACCUGUUUUACUCCAAACAACUCGUGGCGGAAGCUUUCCCUACAUGUCCAGGGAAGUGGUAGAAUUGACCUCCAACCUGUCAGAGACAGCAAUUUCUGUGAAUUUGACCACAACUUCCCAAAUGUUGGACAGUGUGAAGGAUUCUGGGAAGAGUAUCUCAUGUUUUGUGGCGCUUCCGGAAUGCCCGACAUUCCUGUGUCUUCGGGACACAAGCACAGAGUCUCGGAGUGGCCACCAUGAGAAGGCAGGAGUGCCUUUAUUUACGAGAUACGGGAAGAAAGUCAUUUCGCCUGAGAGCUUUAUGGACUUUGUGAAGACUUUCCGGCCGGAUUUCUGUCAUCUCCUGGGCGAUGGGGACACAACAGUGGAGUCAUCGAAGAAGAGAGGCGUGCAUUCCGUCAGCAGAACCAUUAAAUUUACAGAGAAGUGCCUCGAGAUGAGAAGCAAGAGCGAAAAUUUGAGGAAAAUCUUCACUUUAGCACCAAUUGUUGGUGGAUUUUCACGAGAAAAUCGUCAAAAGAGCAUAGAAUUCGUCAAGAGUGUGGAAAUCGAUGGGGUGUUCAUUGAUGGACUCCAUGGAAAUGGCGAAACUGCUCUAUUCGUCCCUGAGAAGGAAACUCUAGAGAUUGUGAAGCUCUGCAAUGAAAAUCUUCCUCAGGACAAGUUGAGGAUGGUUUUGGGCGCCUUUUCGCCUCUGCUGAUGCUGAAAAUGAUCCAACUUGGAGUGGAUGCUUUUGACAAUUCACUGCCUUUUCUCUACAGCCUGAAGAAAAGAGCAUUGGUGUUCGACUUCGAGCCAGAGGACAAGAAAGAAGGCAGAAAAAAGCUUCAUAUCGACUUGAACAGUGAAGAAUUCCGCGAAGACUUCUCGCCAGUGCUUCAGGGAUGCAAUUGUCUGACUUGCAAGGAUCACACGAGGGCUUAUUUGAGGCACUUGAUCGACUGCAAGGAACUUAUGGGCACAAUUUUGCUCAAUAUCCACAAUUUCCAUCACUAUCGAGGAUUCUUCCACUCCAUCCAUCAUCACAUUGCCAAAGACACGCUGCAGAGUCUAAUUGCGCUGAUCGAAGAGCAGAGUUUGGAGGAGAAUUUCACAGAAAUCUUCCCUCCUUCACCCACAAACGGCGUGGGAAGUUCAAACACACCAUCGACAGUCGACAGCGAUGCUGAAGAGGCAAAAGAAGACGCCAAAUAAAAUGGUAAGUCGACGUAAUUUAACAAUUUUUAUUUUUCUCCUCAAUGCCCUUAGCGUCAAUUGAAGAUGGUGAAAAGUAGAAGUUAUACAAUGUAUUUUGCAUUUGUAUUUAACCCAGUAAAUUAGACAUAAGAAAUUAUUACACUAAAUAAAUUAUUCUGUGAAGCUCUUCGUGUGUGUUGAUGACAAAAAAAAGUCUGUGCAAGUUGAAAAGAGAGGAAGAUUCAUGUUCUUUUGCUCUUACAAAGUAAUUUUUUUUUCUCUUUAAAGAUUUUUUCUUUUCCUUUUUAUUUAGAAACUAUGUGAGAAGGAGUAUUUUGUUUUACCACCCAAAAAAAAGAAACUCUUAAAUGUAUUAUAAAUUGUCUUAAAAUUCUAUAAUGUUUUCACUGAUUUGAGGUGAAGUCAAAACAUCUCUCAUCGUUUGAAAUCACCUCAAUAGAUGGUGCGCGCGCGUGUUGUGAUGUCUCGCAAAAAUCAAAUGGGCAAAAAGUGGACUUUUUAAAAUAUCCUUUUUAUUUAAUAUCAUAAUUAUCUCUCUU